CAGGUGUGCAAUGUUAUGGAUCACAGUCAAAACAAUUGGCUGCGAACAAACUGGAUUCCACGCAAUUCAGCUCAGAAGAUAUACGUGGAGCUCAAGUUUACCUUGCGGGACUGUAAUAGUAUCCCCCUAGUCCUGGGCACUUGCAAAGAGACUUUCAAUCUGUAUUAUAUGGAGUCUGAUGACGACCAUUCGGUAAAGUUCAGAGAGCAUCAGUUUACAAAGAUCGACACCAUUGCAGCUGAUGAGAGCUUCACCCAAAUGGAUCUUGGGGACCGAAUCCUAAAGCUGAAUACUGAAGUCCGUGAGGUGGGGCCUGUCAGCAGGAAAGGCUUUUACUUGGCUUUUCAAGAUGUAGGUGCGUGCGUUGCCUUAGUCUCAGUGCGAGUGUACUUCAAGAAGUGCCCUUUCACUGUCAAGAACCUCGCCAUGUUUCCAGAUACAGUGCCCAUGGACUCCCAGUCACUGGUGGAGGUGCGGGGUUCUUGUGUCAAUCAUUCCAAGGAGGAAGAGCCGCCCAAGAUGUAUUGCAGUACAGAAGGAGAAUGGCUAGUGCCCAUAGGGAAGUGCUUGUGUAAUGCUGGCUAUGAAGAAAGAGGCUUUGCGUGCCAAGCUUGUCGACCUGGGUUCUACAAAGCCUCAGCUGGCAAUGUGAAGUGUGCCAAAUGUCCACCUCACAGCUCCACCUACGAAGAUGCAUCUCUGAACUGCAGGUGUGAAAAGAAUUACUUUCGCUCUGAGAAAGACCCUCCAUCCAUGGCUUGCACCAGACCACCAUCUGCCCCAAGAAACGUUAUCUCUAACAUCAACGAGACAUCUGUUAUCCUGGACUGGAGCUGGCCUCUUGACACUGGAGGUCGGAAAGAUGUCACUUUCAACAUCAUUUGCAAGAAAUGUGGAGGAAACAUCAAGUUGUGUGAGCCUUGUAGUGACAACGUGCGAUUCUUACCCCGUCAGACUGGACUCACCAACACGACGGUGACAGUAGUGGACCUUUUGGCACACACCAAUUACACUUUUGAGAUUGAUGCAGUCAACGGGGUAUCUGACUUGAGUACACUUUCCAGGCAGUUUGCUGCUGUCAGCAUCACAACUAAUCAGGCUGCUCCAUCCCCCAUCACAGUUAUAAGGAAAGACAGGACAUCCAGGAACAGCGUGUCUCUGUCUUGGCAAGAACCCGAACAUCCAAAUGGGAUCAUCUUGGACUACGAGGUCAAAUACUAUGAGAAGCAGGAGCAAGAGACGAGCUACACUAUCCUGAGAGCCAAAGGCACCAAUGUUACCAUCAGUGGCCUCAAACCUGAUACCACCUAUGUCUUCCAAAUUCGAGCCCGAACUGCAGCUGGAUAUGGGACAAACAGCCGCAAGUUUGAAUUUGAAACCAGUCCAGAUUCAUUCUCCAUUUCCAGCGAGAACAGCCAGGUCGUAAUGAUUGCCAUUUCAGCAGCAGUAGCCAUUAUCCUCCUCACAGUUGUGGUGUACGUCUUGAUUGGGAGAUUCUGUGGAUACAAGAAGUCUAAGCAUGGCGCUGAUGAGAAAAGACUACAUUUUGGGAAUGGCCACUUAAAACUCCCAGGCCUGAGAACUUACGUCGACCCGCAUACAUAUGAAGAUCCCAAUCAAGCUGUGCAUGAAUUUGCCAAGGAACUAGAUGCUUCUAAUAUCUCAAUUGAUAAAGUAGUUGGAGCAGGGGAAUUUGGAGAGGUUUGCAGUGGGCGCCUAAAGCUGCCUUCCAAAAAGGAAAUUUCAGUGGCUAUCAAAACCCUAAAAGUCGGUUACACAGAGAAACAGAGGAGGGACUUCCUUGGAGAAGCAAGCAUCAUGGGACAGUUUGACCACCCUAACAUCAUUCGAUUAGAGGGAGUCGUCACUAAAAGUAAACCAGUUAUGAUUGUUACUGAAUAUAUGGAAAAUGGUUCCUUGGACAGCUUCCUACGGAAACACGAUGCCCAGUUCACGGUCAUCCAGCUCGUAGGCAUGCUUCGAGGGAUCGCAUCUGGCAUGAAAUACUUGUCAGAUAUGGGUUAUGUCCAUCGAGAUCUAGCUGCUCGCAACAUCCUCAUCAAUAGUAACUUGGUAUGCAAAGUCUCAGAUUUUGGUCUCUCUCGUGUGCUAGAAGAUGACCCAGAAGCUGCUUACACCACAAGGGGGGGCAAGAUUCCUAUCAGAUGGACAUCACCAGAAGCCAUUGCAUAUCGGAAGUUCACAUCAGCCAGUGAUGCAUGGAGCUAUGGAAUCGUCCUCUGGGAGGUGAUGUCUUAUGGAGAGAGACCAUACUGGGAGAUGUCCAACCAGGAUGUGAUCAAGGCUGUUGAUGAAGGGUACCGCUUGCCACCUCCUAUGGACUGCCCAGCUGCCUUGUAUCAGCUGAUGCUGGACUGCUGGCAGAAAGACAGAAACAACAGACCCAAGUUUGAGCAGAUUGUCAGCAUCCUGGAUAAGCUGAUCCGUAAUCCCAGCAGUCUGAAGAUAAUCACCAAUGCGGCGGCAAGGCCAUCAAAUCUUCUCCUGGACCAAAGUAACAUUGACAUUUCAGCCUUCCGCACCACGGGUGAUUGGCUCAAUGGUUUUCGGACAGGGCAGUGCAAAGACAUUUUCACAGGCGUGGAAUACAGUUCCUGUGAUACAAUAGCCAAGAUUUCUACAGAUGACAUGAAGAAAGUUGGUGUUACAGUUGUGGGGCCCCAAAAGAAGAUUGUGAGCAGUAUCAAAGCUCUAGAAACUCAUACAAAGAACAGCCCUGUUCCUGUGUAAGGUACCAAAAUGUUGUUGCUCAGGAGAGAAGAAAAGUUGUGUCACCGGUCAAAAGGGAUGGCUGAUAAACAGAAUUUAAAGGAGUUCUUUGCAACAGCUGUGGAAACCUAAUGGUUGAUAUUUCAAACCCACUAAGAUACUCAAAUGUUGAGUAUUUAAUGCCUUAAAAAUAGGAGCGAACUUGUUUUCUAUCUGUUAAUCCUAAAGGGUGGGUGCUCUUGACUGACUGUUAAUGCAGAUAGUAAAUCUCAAAAGAAAAUAUGUAAAAAUCCUUCCAAGUAAAAACCAGUGAUCCUAAAACCUAGAGCCAUUUGAAUAUUAAGUGACUGAAUAACACGAGAAACCCAUGGACAUCAAAGCUGUGUAUUUGAUCUAUACAGCAAACAAGAAGAAAGAAAGACUUGCAGUAUUUUUAUACAGAAGAGAUCUGUAACAGGUAUUUUAUUUCUUUAAAAGCAAGGAAAAUAGAGGACAAUACCUCACAACCUGUCUGGCCAUAUUUACUAUAAUGUCAUUGUAACAUGCUAUUUCCACUUCAGAAGGGAACACUGAAAUAAAGUUUGUAGUGGCUUUGCAUUAGUUGACAAAAGAUUUUGCCAUUAUGUUAGCUU